UACUACGCUUCUCUUACACCUCCCCAACUCCCGGUCUGGCGUGAUCUCGCGUUAUGUGGGGAGUGUCUUCUCGCGAGAGCUAAGUCGGGAUCCCUCCAGGUCCGCCUCCGCGGUGAGGAGGAGGAGGAGGUGCAGGAGGAGGAGGCGGAGGGAGGAGGAGGAGGCCCCGUCGCGGCCUCCGCCGCCGCCAACGGGGCUGUCCCUGUAGCUCCCGAUGGAGUUUGAGGUCGUGAAGUCGCCGCCGAGCUCUGCCCCGGCGAGACGAGGCGCCUCCGUCGCCGAGCCGCGCCGUCGCGGGGCUCCCGGGAGCGGCCCUUAGCGACCCCGCCCGGGCCCCCUCAGCUUACAAAACACUACACAGCAAAAUAAUGAUCUGUUAGACUGCUAACCCGAGCAUCCACCUUCCACAAUGCCUGUGCAGGCAGCUCAAUGGACAGAAUUUCUGUCCUGUCCAAUCUGCUAUAAUGAAUUUGAUGAGAAUGUGCACAAACCCAUCAGCUUAGGCUGUUCACACACUGUUUGCAAGACCUGCUUGAAUAAACUUCACCGUAAAGCUUGUCCUUUUGACCAAACUGCCAUCAACACAGACAUUGAUGUACUUCCUGUCAACUUUGCACUUCUCCAAUUAGUUGGAGCCCAGGUACCAGAUCAUCAGUCAAUAAAGUUAAGUAAUCUAGGUGAAAACAAACACUAUGAGGUUGCAAAGAAGUGUGUUGAGGAUUUGGCACUCUACUUAAAACCACUAAGUGGAGGUAAAGGUGUAGCCAGUUUGAAUCAGAGUGCACUGAGCCGUCCGAUGCAAAGGAAACUGGUGACGCUUGUAAACUGUCAACUGGUGGAGGAAGAAGGUCGUGUAAGAGCCAUGCGAGCAGCCCGUUCACUUGGAGAAAGAACGGUGACAGAACUAAUAUUACAGCACCAGAACCCUCAGCAAUUGUCUGCCAACCUGUGGGCUGCUGUCAGAGCUCGAGGAUGCCAGUUUCUAGGGCCUGCUAUGCAAGAGGAAGCCUUGAAGCUAGUGUUGCUGGCAUUAGAAGAUGGUUCUGCUCUCUCAAGGAAAGUUCUGGUACUUUUUGUUGUACAGAGACUAGAACCAAGAUUUCCUCAGGCAUCAAAAACAAGUAUUGGUCAUGUUGUGCAACUACUGUAUCGAGCCUCUUGCUUCAAGGUUACCAAAAGGGAUGAAGAUUCUUCUUUGAUGCAGCUAAAGGAGGAAUUUCGGAGUUACGAGGCAUUACGUAGAGAACAUGAUGCCCAAAUUGUUCAUAUUGCCAUGGAAGCAGGACUCCGUAUUUCACCUGAGCAGUGGUCCUCACUUUUGUAUGGUGAUCUGGCACAUAAAUCACACAUGCAGUCUAUCAUUGAUAAGCUUCAGUCUCCGGAAUCAUUUGCAAAGAGUGUCCAGGAAUUGACAAUUGUUUUACAACGGACAGGUGACCCAGCUAACUUAAACAGACUGAGGCCUCAUUUAGAGCUUCUUGCAAAUAUAGACCCUAACCCAGAUGCUGUUUCACCAACUUGGGAGCAGCUAGAAAAUGCGAUGGUGGCUGUUAAAACAGUAGUUCAUGGCCUUGUGGAUUUCAUACAGAAUUAUAGUAGAAAAGGCCAUGAGACACCUCAGCCUCAGCCAAAUAGCAAAUAUAAGACUAGCAUGUGCCGAGAUCUGCGACAGCAAGGAGGAUGUCCACGAGGAACAAAUUGUACUUUUGCCCAUUCUCAGGAAGAACUUGAAAAGUAUCGAUUAAGGAACAAAAAGAUCAAUGCGACUGUAAGAACGUUUCCUCUUCUAAAUAAAGUUGGUGUAAACAACACUGUUACAACCACAGCCGGAAAUGUCAUUUCUGUCAUAGGAAGUACUGAAACAACGGGGAAAAUUGUUCCAAGUUCAAAUGGAAUUUCAAAUGCAGAAAACAGUGUUUCCCAACUAAUCCCACGUAGUACUGAUAGUACAUUAAGAGCUCUGGAGACUGUGAAGAAAGUGGGGAAGGUUGGCACUAAUGGUCAGAAUGCUUCUGGGCCUUCUGCAGAGUCUGUAGCUGAAAAUAAAAUUGGUUCUCCACCCAAGACUCCUGUAAGUAAUGUAGUGGCUACCUCAGCUGGGCCCUCUACUGUUGGAACAGAGAUAAAUUCUGUGCCUCCAAAAUCUAGCCCAUUUAUAACAAGAGUGCCAGUAUAUCCUCAGCAUUCUGAAAACAUUCAGUAUUUUCAAGAUCCAAGGACUCAGAUACCAUUUGAUGUUCCACAGUACCCACAGACAGGAUAUUACCCACCACCUCCAACAGUACCAGCUGGUGUGGCCCCCUGUGUUCCUCGAUUUGUGAGGUCCAGUAAUGUUCCAGAGUCCUCCCUUCCACCUGCUUCCAUGCCAUAUGCUGAUCAUUACAAUACAUUUUCCCCUCGAGAUCGAAUGAGUUCUUCCCCUUACCAGCCUCCUCCUCCUCAGCCAUAUGGUCCCGUUCCUCCAGUUCCUUCUGGAAUGUAUGCUCCUGUAUACGACAGCAGGCGCAUCUGGCGCCCACCUGUGUACCGAGAUGACAUUAUUAGAAGCAAUUCUUUACCUCCAAUGGACGUGAUGCACUCAUCUGUCUAUCAGACGUCUUUGCGAGAAAGAUAUAACUCAUUAGAUGGGUAUUAUUCAGUGGCCUGUCAGCCACCAAGUGAGCCAAGGACAACUGUGCCUUUACCGAGGGAACCUUGUGGUCAUUUGAAGACCAGUUGCGAGGAGCAAAUAAGAAGAAAACCAGAGCAGUGGGCACAGUACCACACUCAGAAAGCACCUCUUGUCUCUUCAACUCUUCCUGUGGCAACACAGUCACCAACACCACCUUCUCCUCUAUUCAGUGUAGACUUUCGCACUGAUUUCUCUGAAAACAUGAGUGGAACAAAAUUUGAAGAAGAUCAUCUUUCCCAUUACUCUCCCUGGUCUUGUGGCACCAUAGGCUCCUGUAUAAAUGCUAUUGAUUCAGAGCCCAGAGAUGUAAUUGCUAACUCAAAUGCUGUGUUAAUGGAUCUGGACAGUGGAGAUGUUAAGAGAAGAGUGCAUUUAUUUGAAACUCAGAGAAGAACAAAAGAAGAAGAUCCAAUAAUUCCUUUCAGUGAUGGACCUAUCAUCUCAAAAUGGGGUGCAAUUUCCAGAUCUUCCCGUACAGGUUAUCAUACAACAGAUCCUGUCCAGGCCACUGCUUCCCAAGGAAGUACAACUAAGCCCAUCAGUGUAUCAGAUUAUGUCCCUUAUGCCAAUGCUGUUGAUUCAAGAUGGAGUUCUUAUGGUAAUGAGGCUACAUCUUCAGCACACUACAUUGAACGGGACAGAUUUAUUGUUACUGACUUAUCUGGUCAUAGAAAGCAUUCCAGCACUGGAGACCUCUUAACCAUUGAACUUCAACAGGCGAAGAGUAACUCACUGCUGCUUCAGAGGGAGGCAAAUGCUCUGGCCAUGCAACAGAAGUGGAAUUCCCUGGAUGAAGGCCGUCAUCUUACCCUAAAUCUUCUAAGCAAGGAAAUUGAACUGAGAAACAGAGAGAGUGACUAUACAGAAGAUACAGCUGAUGCUAAGCCUGAUAGGGAUAUUGAAUUAGAGCUUUCAGCACUUGAUACUGAUGAACCUGAUGGACAAAGUGAACAAAUUGAAGAGAUCCUGGACAUACAGCUUGGUAUCAGCUCUCAAAAUGAUCAGUUAUUGAAUGGAACAACAGUUGAAAAUGGGCAUUCUGUCCAGCCGCACCAAAAUGAGUCAUUGGAACAGAAGAGACAGAGAUUAGGUGAAGACCAUGUGAUUCUGGAGGAGCAAAAGACAAUUAUGCCGGUAACUUCUUGCUUUAGCCAGCCACUCCCAGUGUCCGUUAGCAAUGCAAGUUGCCUUCCCAUCACCACAUCUGUCAGUGUUGGCAGCCUCAUUCUGAAAACUCAUGUUAUGUCUGAAGAUAAAAACGACUUUUUAAAACCUGUUGCAAAUGGGAAGAUGGUUAACAGCUGAAAGGAGAUACAUCUUUCAAAUUUGUGACCAUACCAUGGAGGCAUUUACACUAGCUUUUUAUAUAUAUAUAUAUAAUAUAUAUAUUAUAUAAUGUAUAUUUUUUUUAAAAAAAAAAGAUAUUACUGGGGGCGCCCAUUUCCUGUGGACUCUUUGAUACUUCAAGCCCUCUUGCAUUAGCAUUAUGAAAAAAAGAAAAUUUACUUUACUAGGGUAACACGUUCACUUUCCAGAAGUGAUUGGAAUUUGGACAUUUAACUUAAGCUUCAAGCAGCUUUUUAUGAGUUUGUAGCAAUCCGGUGCAGUAACUGAGCCAUUUCCUACUUUAAAUGGCUUCUAUAGAAAUUUAACAACUCAGUUAUUAAACUAGCAGGAUCCUACAAUGAUACAUCUAGUGAAAGUAGACUUAAUUAGCUUAUUUAUUUCUAUUUUAUGUUUCACUGAGAGAAAUUUCCAUCUCAUUCCAGCUGCUUUAUUUAUCUUUUUUUCAUGGGAUUUUGCAUGAAAUAUUUUUUUCUCCCUUGCCUUUUCUUUUCUUUUCUUUUCUUUUCUUUUCUUUUCUUUUCUUUUCUUUUCCAUUGUUCUCUUUUUUCUCCUUUGAAGAGUGGAGUUAGACCUUACCAUAGAAUUUUACAGGGUUAUAUAUUAGCUUUCUUUACUGCAUUAUGUGUAGGAGUGUGGUGCAGUGCUUUUAUCUGUAGUGUUUACAUUUUUUUUAAUUUUCCCUUUUUCAAGAAUAGUUUCUGCUUUGUUAAUAUUUAUAUACAGGCUACUUGUUGAAGUAAGUAAUUAAAUAUAUAACCAAGUGCCUAAGUCUUUCAGCUGAUGUACUAGAUAUUAAAUUCUCUUGAGUUAUGCAGAAUCGUUUUUACAAUUUUGAUAAAUUAUGCACUAAUAUAAUGGCAGUUUUCUAAAAUGCAGAUAUAAGCCUGUACAUUAUUGAAUCUGAUGACUUGGCAAAAGAAUCAGGUGCUUUCAGCUUUCUUGAGAACACCCUGUAUGUAGUGUUUGCACUGACUAACAAGAUGGCAUUGCUGGGUUUUUAAUUUAAACAAAUUAAUUUGGACGUUCAUCACGUUAUCUUGGUUGAAUAUUGUUUAUUGUUAACUUCAUGUUGGGUUUAAUUUUCCUUUUUUUCUGACUGUUAGGUUUGGUAGGACUAUGAACCAUAUAAUAAUAGAACAUUGGCUAACUUUUAUUCAUCCUUAAAGACAUGAAUAAUUUCUGCCCUGCUAAAAUGUGACUGAAAAGUAUUUUGACUUGGCAUCUAAAAGCAUACAGUAUGUUCAGUUAGUCAAGGUCCAGAUUUGUGGCAGGUUUUUUUUUUUUUUUUUUUGAAAUAUAAAUUUCAGUCAAUAUUUGAAAACAAAAGCUGGGCAUUUCUUCCUCACCUAUACUGUUGUCUCUUUGUUUUUUCCCCCCAUUUCUUAAAGAUUAGUUUGACUAUUAUUUUUUUUUAAAUUAACUUCUGUGAAGUUGUUUACUCUGAAACUCGUACUGGAAUAUUUUAAGCCAAGCUGAUCUUUCACCAGGUGUACUGUAUGUAAGGGCUUUUCCUGCUAGCGAGAUGCUUAAACAGGAUCAUGUUAUUGGUCGUCUGAGCUAUUUAGUUGUUUUACAAAACUACAGCAUUGUAUCAGAUAAGAUUUUGAUAAAAAGUUUUGUGCACAUUUCCAGGGGGGGGGAGGGUUGAAGUUUCCCUGAAAUUUCUUGAUCAGAAUGAGUAAAUACUGAUGUUUGAUACCUGUCUUAAUGAACAUGCUCAUAAGGUGACUGAUAAGUUGUAAAUAUACCUGAGAAACAAAGGGGUAGUUUUGAUAUUCUGGUGUCAGUAUGGAAGAUCUUACACAUUUAUUUAAUACUCAGAUGUAUGAAAUGUUUGUUUGUAGCAUAAUAGCACAGUAACCUUAGUUUCUUUUGGUUAGUACUGUACAUUUUUGCCAUGGCCAGUGCCCCCUAUCCCUAUAAAAACAUUUUAUUUAUUUCACUCUGAAACCUGAAAUGAAUAGGAACAAGAGUUUUAAACCAUGUUACAUUAACUUAUUUCUGACAUUAAAAAUUAGCCUAGGAUUUACAAGAACAUGAUUGUUAUAUAAUUUAUAUCAGAACCUUUCUAUAAGUAUGCGCUUACUACGUUUGAAAUACUUCCAAUGUACUUUAUUUGCUGUUUGUAUUUUCCAAAACGGAUAUGCAAACUAGUAUGUCUGUUUCAUGGAUAUUUAAAUAGUGAGAUCUUCCAUGUUGAAGGUAAUGUAUUUUUUUUUAAGAUUUUAAAAUUGCUAUUUUGUUACAAAAUAGAGACCUAUUAACAGUUUGAGAGCUCCUUAUGUGCCCUCAGGGAAGAACCCUCUGUGCAACAGAACUACGCAAAACAUCUUCAGCAAGUCCUGAGGGUGAAUAUAUACUACAUAAAUUGAUCUUGUGUAUUUAACCUUAUCUUUUUAAUUUUAAAAUUGAAAUUUCGAAAUUGGUUGUGCUUUGCUGGAGGGGGUUGGGAUAAACUGCCUAGGUGUUUGCCUACUUGUCCAGUGAAAUUAUUUUUACAUCAGUGUAUGUAUAUACCUUCCAACCUUAUUGGUAUGGCUUUGAACAUUUAUUUUAAAAUAAUGCUUGUCUUGCAGUAGGUGAUCCCAUGAAAUAAUAACUCCCUAUUUAAAACUUACUAUUUCACUAACAACAUAAGAAUUAUUCCUGUGUUGCAAUUUUUUCAUAUUGCAUCUUUUGUCUCUGUAGUGAUCAUCUUCUUUUUCUCAUAAUGGGUUUAGUGGAAGUAAAGAUACUGGGUUUGUUACCACAUUAGAUGGAAGAGCUUUUUAUUAUUCUCUUUAAGAGGGUAUCUACUAAUGUCAUAGAGGAAAUAAUUACAGAUCAGAACUAGAAUGACUUUUCAGAAUAGAAAACAUUCCCUGUCGUUUGACCUCUUAUAAUAUGUUUUGAUGAUAUAUUUUAAAAUCAAAGAAUAUAAGCCAGUAGGAGAAAAUACUUGUAACUUGAUAGUUAAACUGUAUGUUUUACCCAUGAUCUGUUUAGGAAUAAGUAGUGACAGAUCUGGGAGACAGGGAAAUGGUGGGGUUUGUUUCCCAUUUUUGUAUGUAUGUUUUCUUUGUUUCUAAGUUACAUUCUGAAGUCCGUGUGCCUUAUUCAAAAUGAAUAGAGCAUUCUCUUCUGUGGUCUUAUUUUACAAAUUCUGAGAAAGUUACAUGCAUAUUUCAUCUAAUUAGUACCUGAAUAAAGCAGGUUCCUUUGCCUUUGUUCUGAAUUAUUUUCAAUACCAUCUGAUUAACCAUUUUUGCAUGAAAUUCGUGCAUUGUAAUUUUCAAGAGAAAAUAUUAAAUUGGGUCAGCUGCAUUGAUUUAUCCUAGUAGUUACCUCUCAGAAGAGAAUAAUAAGAGAAAACUAUACUAGAAUUGAAAUUUUUAUAGAUCUGAUUACUAGCACUCAAAUUUCAGGUUGAUGCUAAGGACAUCCCAAGAAGCCCUGAGAAAAUUACAGGCUACACAGCAACUUGUAGGAUUUUAAAAUGAGGUCAUUUAAACAGUGAAAGCAUUAUUUAAAAAACCACCUAAUUUGCUUUGGCAUUUUAGAUGUUAAAGCCUCUUGUAUUGUGAAUGGGUUGAAUUUGUAAUGAUCUGAUUCAGCAUUUGCUAUCAGCUUUGAAUCUGAAUAUUUCACCCCUAGCUUCAUUGAAUUAAUUUCUGAACAGACUGUCCACAAUUAUUGGUAAUCAUUAAAGGAAAAAGUUGCAUUGCAGCCAUGUAUUAGUUUCCUGGAAAAACUUAUGUUGUAGUGAAUGAAGAGUGUUGAUGGGAUCACUUACUGUAUCUUCUUCUAUAUAAGAACCUCUUUUGCAAGCAGAACACAAAUGAACGUGCUCAAGGAGUAUCUCAUUUUCUGGAAAAUUGACUAAAUUUGCUAGUUACUGUUUUAUACUAGCAGUUUCUUUGUAUCCCUUUGCUGGCAAGGGAAUAAUAGUAGUUUAUUUAUUUAUUUUUCUUCCCCCUUUCUUUCCAAGAGCAGUUGUUCUCCCAAGUCAGGAAUUGGCAGUUUUUUCCUUUUGAAAUAAAAUCUAAAACUGUCCUCAAACCAGUGGAAACACAGACACUGGCUGCACUACUAGAACUGUCAAAAUCCAAGGUCAUUUACAUAUACUCCACCAAUCUGUCAAGAAUUAGGCCUCAGUUUUUAACCCAAGGCAUGGAAGUGCAUGCAUUUUCUUAGCUGGGCAAACAAUUAUACUGUAGUUGUGAUACAACACAUGUGGCUUUUAUUUGUACUGCACAUAUCCACUGUAUAGCCACUUGGGAGUAUCGUGGUUAGCUUGCAGCAACUGCUGUCUGCAUUUAUACUGUUUAUUGCAUAUUCUUUUCCCUGGAAGUGAAAGAGAAAUGUUUUUCUUGUUGCAUUGAUUACAAUUUUAUAAAUUUGCUUAGCUGGAAAGUUUGGGAAAAGAGGCCUGUUUGUCAAUUGUACAACCGAUUGUGAAGCUCUAGUGUGAAUAUUUUUACGUCUGUAUUAGACAUUUUCUUUGCAAAUCUAUUGUUCGAUUGAAAUGUAAAUGAAAUUAAAGAUGGUGUACACCCAUCAUGUAAAAAGCAGGCACCAUCUCUAAGAUGGAUUUAAUGCUCAUUUUUAAGGCAUAUACUCAGCUUCUAUUUAAAACUAUAAUUUAAAAUAAUUCUGUACAAUGAAAUGGGGACUAUAUAUGGGAAUAAAUUCUAUUCCAUUUAUUUCAAUUUGAAUUUCCAAAUUGUAAUGUUUCCCUUUGUGCUAUAGGAAUAGGAUUAAAUGGGGGAACGCUAGGAUUUAUAAGGCCUGUAUAUGGGGGGAGGGCAGAGAUGGAACAAUGAGGGUUGUGAUGAUAGUGAAUAGCAAAGAAUGAAUUCUGUGUGUUUUUGCUGUAGCACUGAAGUGAAGAGAUAUUAGCUUUGGCUGUUCACAGAAUAGAGCAUCAUGAUUUUCAGUGUUUGAGAGAAAACUGAUGGAAAAAGUUUGCAGUACUUGACAUGUAUUUGCAUGCAUAAAAUAAAAUGAUUUGUCCACCUUGAAA